GCAGCAGUUGCACAAGCAGGUGUAAGGUUCCCAUCAAAAGCUGAAGGUCACAUGGUGCUGAACCACACGUGUGUCGUGGUGGAUUGAUUACUGUGAAUUUCAACAAGGUAAAUGGUGUUUGGUUUGCGCCAGGACACAGGGCUCACUUCAACUUAGUUUGAAUAUUUCUAAAGUCCAGCUUGUAGGACGCUGUUUCUUGAGUGUCAUUUGAAAAGAAUCAACAUCCCAAAACUUUGCGAAAAAGCAUAAUUUCCCCCUCACGCGUUGCUCCUCCUCCUCCUGAGGAAACUGAACGUAAGCUGCGCGCUGAGCGGAUGCCGGGAGAGCACAGGCAGUUUGCGGUUAGUUGUGUCUUUCUGUUAUUGAGCCUGCGCGGCUCGAUGUACUACAGCAGCAGAAGGAAGACAGACAAACAUUUACUGUGGCAGAAGGUGAACCUGAAUGGAACAGAGCUCCCGCUGAGCGUGAACGGCAGAGCACCCAAGUGGCGAUUCGGGGGGUGGGUGGGGGGACUGUACGAGAAACUAAAAGAGGUCAGGAUGGACGGCAAAGGCACCCUGAAGAUGUUCACCAGAAAGAAACGGGAACUGAUCAAGACGCCAUCCAUCUCGAAGAAGAGUCGAGCAGGAAGCCCCGGGCCGCAGAGCGGCGCAUCGUCUCUGUCCAUCCUCCAGGAGCAGCCUCGCAAAGAUGCCGGCGACAUCACCGUCUCCUGUUCCCCCUCAUCAUCUUCCUCCUCUUCAGUGUUCACUCCAACCUCCACCAGCCUCCAGGACCCCUCCAUGUCCUCUCCGGGCACCCCCAGCACCCAGCACAGUAAACUGACAGUGAUGCAGGGGGUGGGCUGCCCGUCUCCUGUGGCCACCCUGAAGAGACCCACUGCACUGAGCAGGCACGCCAGUGCUGCAGGAUUCCCGCUGCAGUCCUGGGUGUUUACUAAAGGCCAGGGGAAAGGGGCCUUGACCCCGACCCCUCCAUCUGAGACUCCAGAGGGCACAGCCAUUGAGGUGGAGGACAUCCCAGCCCUGCUGCGGGACGUGGCGCGCUUUGCUGAAGCUGUGGAGAAACUGAAGGAUGUGGUGCUGGCUGAAGGAAAAAAGGAAAAUCGGCGGCCCUUGGCCCAUGAAUGUUUGGGGGAGGUCCUGCGGGUGCUGCGUCAGGUCAUCAAUACCUACCCUCUGCUCAACACGGUGGAGAUCCUCACUGCUGCUGGCAAUCUUAUAUCCAAGGUCAAAGGUUUCCACUAUGAGGCUUCUAACGAGGCAGAUAAAAAGGACUUUGAGAAGGCAAUUGAAACCAUUGCAGUUGCUUUUAGCAGCAAUGUGUCUGAGCUGCUGAUGGGAGAGGUGGACAGCAGUACUCUGCUCUCCCUGCUGCCCACUGAGAAGAGCAGGUCGAUGGAGAAUUUGUACACUGCGACAGGCCAGGGAGCAGACAGCGGGCAGUUCAGGAGCAACCUGCAAGACAUGGGCCGAGUUGAGGAAGUGGAUGUGAUCCUUCAGCACAGUGAAGGGGGGGUGGACUCCGCUCUGCUCUAUGCCAAAACCAUUUCCAAGUACCUGAAGGACUUGAUUAGCUAUGUGGAGAAGAGAACUUCACUGGAGGCUGAGUUCUCCAAAGGCCUCCAGAGAUUAUACCAAUCCUGCAAACACAGCAUAACACAUCCCUACAUGCCUCUCUUCUCCAUCUACUCUCUGGCUCUGGAGCAGGACCAGGAACAGAGUGUGGGGCUGCAGCAGGCCAGUGCCACCCUGCAUAACCAGACCUUCAUCCAGCCUUUGAUGCAACGCAAGCAGGAGCAUGAAAAGAGACGGAAGGACAUCAAGGAGCUGUGGAUUCGAGCUAAGAGAAAACUGAUGGAGUGUGAGGUGAAUUUGCGGAAGGCCAAACAAGCCUACAUAGUCCGCUGCGAGGAGUAUGACAAGGCCAAAAUAGCAGCCUGCCGAGCUGAGGAAGAGGGAGGAGGAUCCACAGCAAAGUCUGUGGAGAAGAAGAAACGAUUAGAGGAAGAGGCUCGCAACAAGGCAGAUGAAGCAGAGGCCACUUACCGGACAUGUAUAGCAGAUGCCACCACGCAGCAGCUGGAGCUGGAGCACACAAAGGUCACAGCACUAAGACAGCUGCAGGAUCUCAUCAAACAGAGUGACCAGACUCUCCGCUCGGCGACCAUCUCCUACUACCAGCUCAUGCACAUGCAGACAGUAGCCUUGCCCGUCCACUACCAGACUCUGUGUGAGAGCAGUAAGCUGUAUGACCCAGGCCAGCAGUAUGCCGCCCAUGUGCGAGACCUGCAGCUACCAGAGCAGCCGAAUGUUCACUACACAUUUGAGGCCUACUCUCCCUCCAGCUCAUCGUCACACCAUGGUCACAGACCAAGGAAUGACAGUUUUAACACGGAGCCAGUGAGCCACAUAGACAGUCCUACAACCAAUGUGGAUACAACAGCUGGAGACAACAGAGACACAGAGGCUCAGCGCAAGAGGCAGGGCCACAAAUCAUGGGGUUCAACAGUCAGCGACGACAGCGUUGGAGGAGAUGGAGGCUUAGAGUCUCCCACUGCCAGCACAAGUGACAUCAGUAAAAUUGCUCGGACAUCAUCCACUGGAACAAUGUCGUCCAACGAGGAUGCAGAUGAGAAAGAUGGGAAUGUAGCCUCAUUUGAAACUCCAAAUAUUAACGGUAUGGACCCUGACGUGGUGGUGUCCACCAGACCUUUUCGCAACAUCGGCCUGUCUAAAGCAGCUCUGACCCACCGACUGAGAAAACUACGGACUCCUGCAAAGUGUCGCGAGUGCGACAGCUAUGUUUACUUCCAGGGGGCUGAGUGUGAAGAGUGUUUCCUGGCGUGUCAUAAGCGCUGCCUGGAGACUCUGGCCAUCCAGUGUGGCCAUAAAAAGCUGCAGGGCCGUCUGCAGCUGUUUGGCAGGGAAUUCUCUCAGGUAGCUAGCUGUGCCAGUGACGGCAUCCCCUUCAUCAUCACCAAGUGCAUCUCUGAGAUAGAAAGACGAGCUCUCAAGAUGAAGGGCAUCUACAGAGUAAACGGAGUGAAGACUCGUGUUGAGAAACUCUGUCAGGCCUUCGAGAAUGGCAAGGAGCUGGUAGAGCUGUCUCAGUGUUCACCACAUGACAUUAGCAAUGUCCUCAAGCUUUACCUCAGACAGCUGCCAGAGCCCAUCAUGCCAUUCCGCCUGUACAACAGUCUGAUGGGUCUGGCCAAGGAGAGUCUGCAGAGUGAAGGAGAGGCAAAGUCAAGUGGUACCAACCCAGUGGUGGGCAGGGGACCAGAGCUGGAAGAUCUGGGCCCAGACACUGACCCAGAGAUCCUGGUGAUGGUGGACAAGCUGAAGGAGCUUCUUAAGGAGCUGCCCAAAGCUAACAUCGCUACAAUGCGUUACAUCAUUCGACACCUUCGCAGGAUUGCAGAGCGGGAGGAGGAUAACAAGAUGAGUCCCAGCAACUUGGGUAUUGUGUUUGGACCCUCCCUGAUGCGUCCCCGUCCAUCGGGGGCCACCAUAUCCCUGUCCUCUCUGGUUGAUUACCCGCACCAGGCCCGCAUCAUAGAGGCCCUCAUUGUCUUUUAUUCAUCCAUCUUCCAGUCCAAAACUUCUCAGUCCAAUAAAACCGGCCGCACUGCUUCCACCUCCACUCAGCAGGGGAGUAUUACUGAUGACAACAUGGGGAGCACUGCUGAAGGAGAAGAUGGCGGCAGAGAGGAGCAGAGUAAACUGGACUCUGACAAGUUGGAGGAAGGAUGUGGCAGCUCGUUCGGGUUGCUGGGUUCCAGUGAGCAGCUCCCUGACUCCGACUCAGAGCUGGAUGAGAGUGGCCAGAGGACAGCACGCCCCUGCAGCCUGAUGAAGCAGGAGAGUGAGGUGAGCAUGGACGACGACCAGCUGAGCUACAGGGACAGUCUGGACCUGUCGAGCCAUUCUGUAAUACACACCGACCUAGAGCAAGAUGCAGAUCAGGACCACAACAAUCCUGAGGUAGGAGGACCCCCUGCUCUGCCAGACAGCAGACCCCCAGAUGAUGACACGGGGGUAGAGAAGGAUCUCAGCAUCACUUUAGCCGAGCUCAAUGUGAACCAGUCCAACAACAACUACCCCGAUUUCCCUAGUUUUAAUCUGUCUGGGCUUCCACUGGCACGUCUGUGUGGAAAGAACCUACCCCUGACCAGAAACCGGCAAAGUGAGCCUGAGUUUGUGUGACACGAUUGUCAGAAUAUCAGUGUAUAUGAAGCCUUUGAGUUUAAGUUGAGUGACAGGAAUUUGGUUUUUAGGCAUUCUCAAAUCCAGAGAAGCCUGAAACUUGAGUUUUUUUUUUAUCAUGUAUAUCAAUCACAUUUAACUUUUUUUAAUUUGCAGAGAUGUUUGUGGCUGUAUAUAUCUAGCCUGGCAGUGAAACCUUUGUAUCUUCCUAUUUGAUCCAGUUACUCCCAUUUGACUCGGUGAUUAAAAAUGUACUUUAGUCAGCUUCUAUAUUCGUGUUUACUUACUGCUACACAAUCGGGAGGAAAAGUGGUCAGGUUACUUUGUACCUCAAGCCUUAUAAGAAAAUUCUCCUUAAAGUGCUGCUGGUUUUAAUUCAGCACUAAAAUUUAAAUAAUUUU